AUGGAAGUCCUCGUCGCUGAUGGGGCGGAAGAUGCAGACGGACUUGAGAUGCAUCCAAGCAGCAGCAGCAGCAGCGGGCUCUCAAAGAAGCUAACUCCAAGAGCUCGCUUCAUUUUGGCUGCUUUCGGUUUGUUCUUGGUGUGUGUGGUGACGAGUUUAUGGAACAGCGAAACUACUGGAGAUGAAGUCCUCGCAAAUAUGUACACAAAACCACCCGACGCCAUUUUGGAUGUCGAAAACAACAAGUAUGAUGUGGUGGUUGACGAAAGAGUGGAAAGCAAUGCGACAGAGGAAACUGGAUUUCAUGAGGGAGUGCUGAAUUCUUCCAAUAUAAUCUCGAUCAACGAGGAAUCAGAUGUGGAAGAAUUAAUAUCUCCGCCUCUGCCUGAUACCCCUGUGACAAGUGACACAGGAGAAUGCUCAGCCCUGUGCGAUAGCCGCGAUGAAGCACGCAAACAGAAAUUUGGUGGUGACUUGCUCGACUUUUCAGAUGUCUUACGCUUGGCAGAGAAAGGCCGAGCCAACCUACAUGAUAAACUCAAAGAGGACUAUGGCCAGUAUUUUGAAUCAAUUUUUAUCAAGGAACCGGGGCCAAAUGCCACCAAGGACUCACCGCCAACUUACCAAGGAAUGACACCAAUUACUGAGAAUGGACCUUCCCGCAAUAAUUUCAAGCGAAAACUGAAAAUCAAAGUUUUGAAAAUGAUGGAAUCCAUCAAGAUUUCCGAUGAAAAUGUCCACGGCUGCAACUGCCUCACCAAGACGGGAUCUACUGCCGAAAAUGAAGAGAGCUUUGCUGCAGACAUACCUGACUACUAUCAAAAGUAUGUAUUUGCCAACGGUGGCCACUCCUCGUCUGCUGGUCAUGGCAAUACCUUUAGCCAAACCUACACCGCCUAUAUGGGAGAAGAUCUUCGAUUCGUAUGGGACGCGAUUGCUGUGGAAAUGGUUGAUCGCAACAUGGGUAUGGGGGCAAUGAGCGCUUGUCCGCAUAUUUCCUCGUGCUCCAAGGAGAUCUUUGGAGACGAUGUGGAUUUCCUCGCUUACAACUAUGCCAUGACAGAUAGAUUUCCCUCGUCCUGGCUGCAUUAUGUGUAUCGAGCUAGUGUCAGUAGCGGUCGGCCUGCAUUCGUUGCUAUAGAGUAUAUGGGGCACAUUAUGUACGGUCCAGUAUUAGAAGACAAUGGUUUGUCCAUUUUCCAAUUGAGGUCGCAUGAUGCGCCAUUAAUUCAAAACAUUCCGGAUUCAUCCCCUGACGGAAUUGAAUUGAAUGCCGCCCAAACGAACCAACUCCCAGAAUUUGCCAAGCAUCUCAAAUGUAAUGGAAGGAUUGAAGGGAAAGAUGUCUGUUUUCAUGAUAAGUGGAAAUGUACCAUGGGAAAGCUCCCGUGCGACUGUCCCAGUGUUGCGAAACGCAGCAGUUGGCACCCUGGAUACAAAGAGCAUGCAUUGACUGGACAUUUCCUUGCACUUCCAGUUGUUGAGAUGCUCAUUGAAAGUAUUUCUGAUCUCAUGACUAUGGACAAGGAUCCUAUGACAGUACUGCAAGACCUUCAAAAAGAGGAAGAUUUGGCGUACAAGAACUUCUUUACUAUACCAGUACAAGAUACCUUAACUCCAGGCAUCGAUAGGAAAGGAAAACUAAUUGGUACCUUGACAGAAAGAUUUAUUGAACCAUUGGGAGAAGAGAUGGAAUAUUUUUUCAAGGGUCCAAGUAUCUGUCGAACUGCAUUGUUGCCAUCGAUGACACGUUAUCUAGGAAUAGCCACGAAUUCAGACAAGGUUGGUGGAUCGGCUCGAUGCGGGGAAGAAACCUAUGAUCUGGGAAUUCCUUUCGACCGAAAUAAUGGCGUGUAUACCUACACCUCAAAUCGAACUGUGCCACCGGGCGAGUGGGCCAUCAUGUCGCCAAACGAUAUGAGAUCAUGUAAUGAUGACUGCUCAGAUGUUGUCAUGCCAGACUACAAGGAUUGGUACAUGGGGAAUUGGUCGAGUGGAUCAGCGUCAAUCACCUUUCCAAACAAAAAGGAAAAGGAAUACUAUGCGUAUUCACCUGAAAAGUUCAAAGGAAUCUUGGCACUUAUGACAACAUUUUACCAAGAAACAACAGGUAGAAAACAAAACAAAAGAAAGUAUGACAUCGCUGGAGAAAAUUUCCAGGAGAAUGUGUUGAUGACUGUAAACGGUGAGCCAGUGAAAAAAUAUCGAAGCGUGGACGGCUUGUUGAUACUGGAGGGUCCUGAUGGGAUAUAUUGGAAACCAAGCAAAAACAACGAUUACGUAAUGGAGUUCAAACCCAAAGGGAAGAUUGACGGCAAGGACGCCAUAGAGAUGCACCUGAGGCUCUCAGGAUUCCUCGUGAUGUAA